GGAUUCAACAGUCAACACGGUGAAACCGUCUGCUGUGUGUGAUUCGGAGAUCAGAACUAAAGCCAUCAGUUGCUUGUUUCAUCGAAUCGCAAUGGCCGCCGCAGCCGCUAGGUCGGUGCUUCGCUCGUCUUCGCUUAGGGGCCGGACGCCGCGGGUCGGCCGCGUCAUGCCUGCAACACCUUCUCGCCAUCCGCUUCGGCGUCUCCCCAACCAGCGGCCGGCCGUCGCUGAACGUUACCUCAGGGCCCCUCUUGCCGCGAGUUUUUGCGUAGAAUCGCUGAUGCCUCUGCACAGCGCGACUGCAGCGGCCCUUUUGACUUCGAUGUUGGGAGUUUCGCAUGGGAACUACGGGGGGCUCUAUGAAGGACAAGAUGAAACUAGAUGAAGGGCACAUACCAAAAGCUGGCAGGGGUAAUGCAUGAACUCAAGCUGUACUUGUGAUUCAGAACUCUGUAAGGAUUUUUUAUUUUUGCGAACGAGGCAAAUGACUAUUUUGUCAUUGAAGAAUCCUCUCGCUGAUCAGAAAGCUCAUUUGUUUUACUUUUGUUCAUGCUUCUUGAAAUGUUGGAAAUUUUUUGGGUUGAUAUGCUCUAUCAUUACUUCGAUACCAAUGUCAUUUGUGUGAUUACAUUAGGCUUAGUUUUUUUUUUGUUUCACUUCGAUUAGACUUUCUUUUAAUCCAUCCAAUUGUUUAAU